UGGGGGUGCCUUCCGAGACUAGGCUCUCGGGUGGGUACGGUGGCGAGCACCCCACGUCGGUGCUUGGGUUUCCUUCUGGAGGAGCUUUGGGGGUUCGGGGAUCGUUGGAGAGUAACGUGCACGUUACCGCGUUGAGAGUGAGCCGAAGCCCCUUGGUGACGAUUAUUCCUCGUCCGUUGUCGAUCGCGUACCUUCGCUGUCUCUUCUGGUGUGUUUACUCCCAGCAAGUUUCACAGUCGCGUAGCGCGAUCUACCCAGGAAGAGAAGAAGUAAGCAGAUAAGAAGCUCGCGUUCAGCGUGGGACACCAUUCGCCGCUGGAGAUGGGGAAUGGACUGUCAGACCAGACUUCCAUCCUGUCCAGCCUGCCUUCCUUUCAGUCCUUCCACAUUGUUAUUCUGGGUCUGGACUGCGCCGGAAAGACAACCGUUCUGUACAGGCUGCAGUUCAACGAAUUUGUAAACACGGUACCUACCAAAGGAUUUAACACUGAGAAAAUUAAGGUAACCUUGGGCAAUUCCAAAACAGUCACUUUCCACUUUUGGGAUGUAGGUGGUCAGGAGAAGUUAAGGCCACUGUGGAAGUCAUACACCCGAUGCACAGAUGGCAUUGUGUUUGUGGUGGACUCUGUUGACGUUGAGAGGAUGGAGGAAGCCAAAACCGAACUUCAUAAAAUAACUAGGAUAUCAGAGAACCAAGGCGUCCCUGUGCUCAUAGUCGCUAACAAGCAGGACCUGAGGAACUCGCUCUCUCUCUCGGAAAUCGAGAAGUUGUUAGCAAUGGGUGAACUGAGCUCCUCCACGCCUUGGCAUUUGCAGCCCACCUGUGCAAUCAUAGGCGACGGACUAAAGGAGGGACUUGAGAAACUACACGAUAUGAUAAUUAAAAGAAGAAAAAUGUUACGGCAGCAGAGAAAGAAGAGAUGAGCGCGCUGCCUUUUGUGUCCGUGUGGAGUAGGUUUUUCUUGGUCUGGUGUUGACAAGCUCACUAGUGUCCACAGCCUGGUUUGCCUGUCUGCCCUCCCGGAUGCGAUUAAAGCUUUGUUUUGUUCAACAGUCAGAUACCCAACUCUGUUGCCUUGUGGAAGAUGAGCACAUGCAGUGCUCCUGAGAGUGGCCUCUUCUCCCCGACUCACAAUUCUUUUGGUACUACCAUUUUGGGAAGCCCAAAAAAGGCUAGUAAUUGAGCAGAAAACAAUUUUGUGGAAAUUUGACCUAAAGUUAGUGAAAUAAAAUUUUGAAGAGUGUA